AUUUAAUAAAACGUUCAACAUUGUUAUUCCAUAUUCACUAUUCAUACAUGUAAAUGAUCUAAUGCAUCAUUAAUACACUAUAUUAGCCAUAAUAAUAAUAGUAAUGGAUUUGUAUUUCUAAUGAUACAUUGAAUAUUUCUUUUUAUUAUUUAUUACAAAUGAAAUUAUAAAAGAAUUCAAUAUCAUGUGUAACAGUGUUAUACGAAGAACUGACCAUGUUUUCAUACUGAAGAAUAACUUACAAUCAGAUUGAUUAAUUACAAGGAGCAGAUAUAUAGAUAUCUCAGGAAAUUUAAUGUUUUCAGAAACAGAGAAAUUAUCAAUCCAACAUAUUACAGAUAUCGACUGGCCUAAUGGUCCACCAGAUUUUUAUGUAAAAGGAUCAUCUUACGCUGUUACCCAGAGUCAGCUACGAGAAUUGGAAAUAGCUUCAGGUUUGGAUCUUGUAAACUCUACAAAUAUUAUUUCACAAUUACCACUUUAUCAACUUCAUGGAGAACCAUUUCAUUAUUGGGCAAUGAUACUUUUAAUAUUUCCAUUAGUUACCGUGUUUGGUAAUGUGCUAGUUGUGCUAAGUGUGUUUCGAGAUCAAAGUUUACAUACAGCUACGAAUUAUUUCAUUGUCAGUUUAGCUAUUGCAGAUAUUAGUUUAGCGAUAGUUGUUAUGCCAGUGGCCAGUUGGGUUGAGGCUAAUAAUGGAAAAUGGCGCCUUGGUACCGUGCUAUGCGAUAUAUUUAUUAUGUUUGACGUACUUUUGUGUACAGCAUCUAUUCUAAAUUUAGCAGCUAUUAGUAUGGACAGAUAUGUGGCCGUGACUAGACCGAUUACAUAUGCUCAGCAUAGUAAAAAUGUUCGCGUUGGAAUUACCAUAACAGCCACGUGGAUAUUAUCAUUCGUAAUUGCAUUACCAAUAGCAUGUGGAUUAAAUAAUGCUCCAUAUCGAAAUUUAGAAAUGUGUGUUAUGUAUAUUCCGGAAUAUAUAAUUGCUUCCUCUAUUGGAUCAUUUUAUGUACCAUGUACAAUUAUGAUUGUAUUAUAUUACCAAGUAUUUAAAGCAAUUCAAUUAAGAACUAAACGAUCCAAAUUGAUAAGCAUACGUAAUCAAAUACAAAAAUAUGCAAAACGUUGUGAAACAAUGAACCAGACAUCUGUUAUAUCGGUCAAAGAUAAAGAGGUGGAUAUAUGUGACAGUUUAGAAAAUGUAACAUAUUUAACUGCAAUUAAUCCACAGGUAUGUGAUUGUCAGUCAAGUGGUAUUGAAACAUAUAUUGAUUCAAAUGUGUCUUAUUGUACAGAGAAUCAUCAUGCAUAUAAAGCAAAUGAUAUAAAUGAUCAAUAUCUAACAGAUAUUAAUGGUACAUCUAAUUUAUCUAGUAACUGUUCCCCUAUUACUUAUUCAGAAACUAUAAUAAAUACAGUGGAACCUAAUGAAACCGAUAAACUUCAACCGACACCUAUAUUAACCAAUGAUGAAUUUUUUAAGAAUUCUUUUGAACCUCAAAUUCCACCACCAACUUUAACACAAGCAUAUACAAAAGCUACAAAUAAUAACGUUAUUACCACUACCACUACUACUACUAAUGAUAAUAAUAAUAAUAAUAAUAAUAAUAAUAAUAAUAAUAAUAAUACUAACAAUAAUAGUGAUAUACCAAGCUCACAGCCAGAAUUCAAAAAUAUGGAUGAUUUUCGUAAACAUUUAAAAAAUCGCAUUAAACAAGCAAAACGUAGUAGUUUAUCCAUGCUCACAACUAAUGUAUUUGCAGGUUUAUCUAGUAAACAAGUGUAUGCAUUGAAUACAAACAUUGAUGUAAAAAAACCGACUACAAAUAGAUUUAAAUCAUCAUUAUCAUCUAAACGACAAAUUAAACGUAUGAAAUCACUUAUUCCUUAUGAUACAUCUAAAUCACUGAAUGAACAAACUAAUGAACAGUUAUUGAAAAAAUCAAUUUCUAAAAAUCCUAAAAGCUUCAUGUCUAGUGACGUUAAACAUGAACAAUUAAAUCCGGAAGUAAACUCAUCUAGUAGUAUAAUCAAUAUGACUUAUUUUUUAGCAAAUAGAUCUGGAAGUAAUCUAACUUUAAAGGAAAGUUUAGCUGCUAAACGGGAAAAGAAAGCUACUAAAACAUUAGCUAUUGUUUUAGGUGUAUUUUUAUUUUGUUGGAUGCCGUUCUUUACAAAUAACAUUAUACAAGCAUUCUGUUUUAAAUAUCAAUUAUUACAACAAUCUCAAUUAUGUCAUAUGCCUGAUUGUAUAACAAGCAUUUGUGUAUGGCUUGGUUAUGUGAAUUCAGUUCUAAAUCCAAUGAUUUAUACAAUAUUUAAUGUUGAAUUUAGAAAAGCCUUCAAAAAAUUACUUUACUGUAAAUCUUAAUUUCAUAACAUGCUGGUAAUGUAUAUUUGGCAAAAUGAGAUAAUGAAUCAAUCAUGAUGUAUGUAAAUAAAACACAAUCCAACAUGAUUGUAUUUUUAUUAUAAACAUAAUUAUGCAUAUAACAAAG